CAUUUGUGUGAUACAUAACAGAAACACCUACUAGGCAAUUUAUAACUACUACUAGUAGUACUACAUACAUUUUAAAAAUGCAUAUGCUUGCUAUCAUUCCUCAGACUUCAAGCAUUGUCCGACUUGAACUUCUUUGUAAUAGAAGGAUACCAUUACCUACCCACGAUGCCGUUUUAUUUAUUUCAAUCCAUCUGCUCUUACGCCUGACUGCAAAAAAGUGGCAGGGAAUUCGACUGCGUGACUGAGAUGAUUGAACAGCCAAAAUGACGGAGAAGUGUUUGUAGCCAUUUUGAAGCUUAAGUACACUGGAAAUAAUUAAUUACCUCAGCCGCUAUUGUAUUGGAAGUUGGAACAAUCAACGUCAAGGACUGUCAAUUUCACCAAAAACACUCACAAUGGUUCACUGGAAGCGCGACCUUGACCUCUACACCAUCGGCCGGCCUCUGGAGAGGAACGCCGGCUUCUGGCUCGACUACAUGAAGGGCCUGAAGGGAGAGCACGACGCCCUGGGCCCGCGCCGCAUCCCGGCUGCGCCGCUGCUGGCUCCUCGGCCGCGCGCGCGCAGCGUGCCGCACUUUGCCGAGCCGCCGUCGGCGUUCGACCGCGAGCCCUACAGGGACCCGUUCAGCGACCCCUUCUUCUCGGACCCGGUCGACUUCGGUCUGCCCCACAGCCCCGCCUACGACGACCUGCGCGGCAUCAUCGACCGCGCCCGCAGGCGGUUCCGUGAUCGCCGCAUGGACGCCGAGAGGCGCGCGCUGGAGUUUUAGGCGCGACAGGAGGAGGAGAGGGCGAGGAAGAGGGCGAGGGGCGCGCUGGCGACGCGCGACCGGAGAGCGAUCCCGCGCCGAGCACGGAAGCGGCGAGGGCUCAGUUUGAAGUGCUCGCGACGCGCCGAAUACGGUUCAUUCAUCGUUCAUUGACGACAAUCGACAGAUCAUUUCACACGAGUGAGGGAGACUGGCCGCGCGGGUCGGGUCAGGCCUGCCCCGCGCGGCCGGGAGGGGUGACGAAACGACCGGGAGGGGGCGGGACGAACGGAGAGGACGGCGGGGCUCCUAUGUAGAAGGACCGCGAAAAUGAGCGACUGGUCAGUCUGACCUGUGCCCUGGUUAGCUCCGGGCUGAAGCGAAGUUUUCCAAACCCCCGCUGCUCUCUUCACGUCUGUUCCUACAGGUCGGGCACAUGAGCCCGACAACUGUGAACCGCGCGAGUCUGACGGGGAGCCGCCCGCGUGCGCUGCGGAGUGACCGGGGCUGCGGAGAAGCAGUGUCCUGUUGUGAUCGCUGUGAAAUAAAGCCGACACUGUGGGCAAAUCGAA